UGGAAAAAUUGUACUUUAAUGCUUCUUGUGUUCAUUUCUGACUCUGCAUAGUGACCAUGCAUUCUGUACUUGUUGAUUAGACCCAGAACUGAACAUUCUCAGACAGACAAUCUAUCUCCCUCUCAAGGUGACCGAUUGUUCAUGGCCUGAGUCUGCCUUUUAACCCUGGGCUCUGGCUCCUUUCUGUCUGAUGCCUCACCAGACCCAAGGCUGUAGCCUUGUUUAUUCCCUGUGUAAUAUGAACAUCUUCACCCACAGUGUGAUAAGGAGAUUCCACCAGGUCCAGGGAAAAAGGUUAAAAGGCAGAAGCAACUUGAGGAUCGUGGGCUCUUUGCAUCACACCUUCGUGGUGUGUGCACUGAUCUCCCCAGCUGGUUUUUGGUUUGUUGAUGUGCACGAUCAACAUCCAUGCUUUUUAUUUGCUUUCCCCAUUAUUUUUAUUUUCUUUAUUAUUUUAAUAAAUCGCACAAAAGGACAACUCUCUCAUCUACUUCUUUAUGGAAAAUUUCCACCACACCUGGUCACAGUGUUACUCUUCAGUGUCGAUUCUCUGACAAAGAAAGUAAAAUAUUGCACUGGAACAAGGAAACUCUUGGACAUUUGCCCGAGAUUGUAGCAGAAGUAGUUUUUGGUCGCGCAGACGUUAUUAAGGAGUUUAAAGGUUCACGUUUCUCGGCCAGAACAGAUGAGGAUCUGCAUUUUUUCACCAUCACAAACGUCACCAAAGAAGAUGAAGCCGUUUAUUUUUGUCAAAGCAGAGCAACAUAUGGACAAACAUUCAUCAACGGCACAUUCUUGUCUGUGAACGAUGGAAAUCAGCUGAAACCAGUCUAUGUGAGGCAACAUCCUGAGACAAAGUGGGUCCGGCCGGGGGACUCUGUGACUAUGAACUGUUCACUCGUCUCCAACAACAACUUCCAGUGUCCCAGUGAGCACAGCGUGUACUGGUUCAGAGCAGGACCCAGUGGGUUCAGUCCAGGAGUCAUUCACAGACACAGGACUGAUGAAGAGGAGACAAGCUGCGUCUACAGUCUGUCCAGAACCAUCCAGGACUCCUCUGAUGCUGGGACCUACUACUGUGCUGUGGUCACAUGUGGACAGAUCCUGUUUGGUAACGGAACAAAGGUGGAGACAAAACAAGAACCGGACCCAGUUGUUUUUGUGCUUGGGGUGCUGUUGGCCUGCUGUGUGACUGUGUUCGGAGCAUUUACUCUCUGUGAAAGGAGCCGGCACGGUUGUGAUCACUGUAAAGGACAAGGAAAUUCAUCCCAUCAGGAUGGACGCACUGGGUUGACUUCACAUGGAUCAAGUGAUUUGGGUGAUGCAGCUGAGGCAGUGAACUAUGCAGCCCUGAGUUUCUCUACAAAGACAGCACAAAGGACGAAGGUGAAGGAACAGCUGUCACAGCAGAGUUUGUACUCCUCUGUAGAAUACAGACAAGUGGAUCAGCGCAUGCAGCACCAGCCUGCGUAUGAACCAUAGCAGACGCUUUUUAUGCUGUAGACACAUAUUUCUAUAUUUAGGUAAACAUAUCAUGUUUCUAUAAAUUUCACAUAUUGUAAGAACAACAAAUUAGUUUAAAUUAGUUUAUUUGCUUUGAGCCUUUGGAAAGAUAGUAGUAGUAUAGAUGAUUCUCUAUAAUGUAAAUACAUACAUGAAAAGGUUUGACAUCAAGGUGAACAAACUACAUUUUUGUUUCUUACUGUAGAUGUAAAUUGUUUUGAAUUGUCAUUAAAGUUGUUUUUGCUUACAAAAUAAAGUUACAAGGUCCUGACUUGUUUUGGAAUAAUAAUGAUGUGUAAAAAGUUCUAAAAUCAAAGCAACUGAACCACUUUGUGUCGCUUUACAUUCUCUGUACUUCCUUUAUCUACAGUAUUAGGAAACAAAACAAAUAUAAACUAUGUACAGUGAGUGAUCCCAUUUAAACCAAAUCAACUAAUGUGCUGAUGUUCUUCGCAGUAAA